UUGUGUUUGGGAUGAACCAGUUUGUGUCUGAGUGUGUUGCUGGGUCUCCACCAGUUACUCUGAGAACUGAAGAAGCUUCUCUGAUGAAACGUCUUCAAGAAACUCAAAGAAGUCCAGACGCUUUUCUUUCCAAGCUCCUCAGACUACUGACGCUUGUUUCUCUCUUUUUAAAAAUGAAAUUUAAAGUGAAUUUUGAAUCAAAUGUUUCUUUUCUUUCUCCCUCAGAGUGCAGACAUGUCUGCUGCCAGCAAUCUGCGAUCUGAAGAUCAGUUUCUGUGCUCCAUCUGUCUGGAUGUGUUCACUGAUCCAGUCUCUACACCAUGUGGACACAACUUCUGCAAAACCUGCAUCAGUCAGCACUGGGACAUGAAUCAGAGCUGUCAGUGUCCCAUGUGUAAAGAGACUUUCUCCACUAGACCUCAGCUGAGGGUCAACACCUUCAUCUCUGAGAUGGUUGCUCAGUUCAGACGUGAACAACAAGCUGCCAAACCAGGAGAAGUUCCCUGUGACGUCUGCACUGGAACCAGACUGAAGGCCCUGAAGUCCUGCCUGGUGUGUCAGACCUCCUACUGUCAGACUCACCUGGAGCCUCAUCUGACAGUGAAACGUCUGAAAAGACAUCAGCUGAUUGAUGCUGUGGAGAACCUGGAAGGCAGGAUGUGCACGAAGCACGAUAAACUUCUGGAGCUGUUCUGUAAGACCGACCAGACAUGUGUCUGCAUGCUCUGCUCUGUUUUAGACCACAAGAACCACGAGUUUGUUCCUCUGAGAGAAGAAUAUGAAGGAAAGAAGGCAGAGCUGGAGAAGACAGAGGCUGAGAUUCAGCAGAUGAUCCAGAAGAGACGACUGAAGAUUCAGGAGAUCACAGAGUCGGUGAAGAUGAGUAAAGAUGCUGCAGACAGACAGAAAGCAGAAGGUGUUCAGGUCUUCACUGCUCUGAUGGAGUCUGUUGAGAGACGCCUGAAGGAGCUCAUGAAGGAGAUCGAAGACAAACAGGAAACUACAGAGAAACAGGCUGAAGGUCUCAUCAAAGAUCUGGAACAGGAAAUCUCUGAGCUGAUGGAGAGAAGCUCUGAGGUGGAGCAGCUCUCACGCUCUGAAGACCACCUCCACCUCCUCCAAAGCUUCUCCUCCUUGAAAGCUGCUCCACCCACCAAGGACUGGACAGAGGUCAGAUUUCAUCCACCAUCAUAUGAGGGAACUGUGGGGAGAGCUGUGGAUCAGCUGCAGGAGACAAUCAGGAAACUCAUGAAGAAGAAGCUGUUAGAGGCUGAGCUGCAGAGGGUGCAGCAGUAUGAGGUGGAUGUGACUCUGGAUCCUGAUACAGCAAAUUCCUGGCUCAUCCUGUCUGAUGAUGGAAAACAAGUUUACUGUGGUGAUGUGAGGAAGAAUCUUCCAGACAACCCAGAGAGAUUUUCUAGAUAUGCUAUGGUUUUAGGAGAGCAGAGUUUCUCUUCAGGCAGAUUUUACUUUGAGGUUCAGGUUAAAGGAAAGACUGAGUGGACUUUAGGAGUGGCCACAGAGUCGAUCAACAGGAAGGGAAAAGUCACACUGUGUCCUCGAAAUGGUUUCUGGACUGUGUGGCUGAGAAAUGGAAAUGAGUACAAAGCUCGUGCUGAAUCUCCAGUUGAUCUCUGUCUUCAUCCUGGUCCUGAGAAGGUGGGGGUGUUUGUGGAUUUUGAGGAGGGUCUGGUCUCCUUUUAUGAUGUAGGUGCUGCAGCUCUGAUCUACUCCUUUACUGGCUGCUCCUUCACUCACAAACUCCACCCAUACUUCAGUCCCAGUCUGAAUGAUGGAGGUAAAAACUCUGCACCUCUGAUCAUCUGUCCUGUCAAUCAAACUGAGUCGAUCAACAACUGAUUUUAUUUGAUGAAUGAUUGAUUUUUCUUGAAGGGACCAAAUGAACAUAUUGAGUGUAAAUCCUCUACAGUCUCCAUGUUUCUAUAGAAUCUGAUCAUCAGGACUCUGAUUCACACUUUGAUUCUCAUGGAGUUUGAUUUGAACAGAAGAAAAGUUGAAUCAGGAAAUGUUCCCACUGAUGGAGACUCGAGCUGAAGAGCAAAUAUCAGAGAAUAAAUGUCCAAAAGCUUCAUUUACAAUAAAGUUUGUUCAAUGCUUUGAGUGAA